GAAAGGCAUGAGUCGGGUCCGCUUGCGGCAAGUCGUCGGUCUCUCUUAUUGAUGGGAGCAUCCCUCCGCUCUGAAUCACUACGAACACAUUCAAUAUUCACUGGAGCUCGCCUCGUCGAACCGGCUACACAUCAAACCAUAGCGCACCGCGCGCAUUUCAGUGUCAAACGUACUGUCUUGUCACGGUGGAACCGCGGAAGUCUUCAAAGUCGGCACCCGCUGCCUGAGAAGACCAAUCAAAGCUCGUGGUUGUCUAUUUGGUGCGAAAGUGCACGCGCCGUCAUGGAGGUCAGGGGUUAAAAAAUCACGUGACUGCUGGGGUACGGAAGUGUUUGAAUGGUGGUGGAACGAAGAUUUGCAAACUUUCGAUGUUAUGUGCAGACUGGGUGUCUGGUCCUGGGUUAAUUACAAUCAUUGAUCGCUCGUGCACUAGAAAUGGCUUUGAUUGACGAGUAAUUUCCGUGGUUCGUUGCGGAGGAUUAGUUCUAACGGCAGUGAGUGGAAAGGUAGCUAUCGGCGACCCUCGUGUGAGUGAGAAGUUUUUAUCGUGAUCAAAGUGAGUUAGUGCUAGGCUUCCCCGUCUGCCUCCAAAGUAGAAGAUCUGCUACACAUGCCGUGAAACACGGCGCUCCCUGCACGUGAGGGGGUUAGCAGCUCGUGGCGCGGGGGAGAUACCGUCUGCCUAGUCGCUGGAUAACAUGCCGACUUGAGGGUAGCGAGAAGUUGUGGCAAUUCGAAUUUCGCAAUCAAGGUUUCAAGUUUCGCACGGAAAGGAAGAUUUGCUUCAGACUUCUCUGAGAAUGUGUGAUGGUUCCUUGUGUGACGUGUAUGUUUGGACCUAGCGCCAGCACGACACACGAGCCACGAGUACGGGGGGAGAGGGGGACUUUUGACAGCUCGUUCUUUGACAGUUGGGAGACUGUGUUUACAAUACAAUGCCAUCGAAAAAGCAAUACGAUUUAGUCUCCGACGACGGGUACGACAGUCGGAUCCCCCUCCACAACGACGAUGCUUUUGAGCACGGGAUUCCUUUCUCCGCCAAGUAUAUCGGCACAUUGGAUGUACCGAGACCAAGCAGCAGGGUGGAGAUUGUGGCGGCCAUGAGAAGAAUCCGGUAUGAAUUCAAAGCCAAAGCGAUCAAGAAGAAGAAAGUGGUGAUCACUGUCUCGACAGAUGGAGUCAAAGUGCUGAUGAGGAAAAAGAAAAAAAAAGCGCAGUGGUCGUUUGAUGAUAGCCGUCUCAUGGUCAUGCAUCACCCCAUAUACAGAAUCUUCUACGUAUCCCAUGAUUCCCAGGACUUGAAGAUCUGGAGCUACAUUGCCCGUGAUGGACCAAGCAACGUCUUCAAGUGCAACGUCUUCAAAGCCUACAAGAAGAGUCAGGCGAUGCGCAUUGUGCGUACAAUCGGCCAGGCGUUCGAGGUCUGUCACAAGCUCACCAUCCAGACCUCGCCAAACACAGAGAUCGAGGAAACAAACAGUGAUCGGUCAUCGGAGGACAACGAAAGAAGAAUCACUCUCAAAAACAAGGAUGCACUUGAGGAGAAGGAGCUGAACAAGGACAACUUGGAUGAGCCAGUGAAGGAAGGCAGGGUGUCCCCACCUACGGAACUGGCGCUCAAACAAGCCCAGCUUCUACAGUCCAGGGGAGGUAACUCUCCAACGGUUGGGGGUACAACGAUUACGUCCCCGCUCGGGUCUCCAGUGAUGCUUGGAGAAUAUGCCCCCGAGUCUCAGCUCCCGCUCAGUUCUCACCACCAGAUGCAGUUGAUACGACAACAGUUGGAGCAGCAGCAGCACCAGACGCAGGUUGCCAUAGCGCAGGUGCACCUUCUCAAGGACCAGUUGUCGGCGGAGACAGCCGCAAGGAUUGAGGCACAGGCUCGAGCUCACCAGCUGCUAAUGCACAACCGGGACCUCCUGGAUCAUGUGACCCAGCUGGUGUCCCGCAUACAGGACCUCGAGAUCAAGGUCAGCGGCGUGACGUCAUCGGAGGUGCUGUUCCAGACUCCACCACAGGUGCCGAUGUUGCCGGACCCAACAACGCCACGCCCUGGACCAGUGUACAUCCCCGAGUUCCGCGAGGUGGACAACUCAUACAUCAGCAACGUGUCCGACAAUGCGUUGUUUGAGAACACGAAGGCAGGCCUGGACACAGACUCGCCGGACAGUGGCCAUCGGGAGAUGUCGUCCGAGAGCCUGUCCUACAACCUGACCCACGCAGAGUCCAAUGGCUGGGGCGUGCCCUACGGCAGCGCCGCACCACCCACCACACUCGCUAACAAUAUCAAUGGCAAUCCUUUCAGGAACUCCUUCACAAACAAUUCUGAUGACGGGAGGAAGGAGAUGAAUGAGGACAAGGUGAAGGUCAUCACGCCCUGUCCGCCUCAGGAUGCUAGCGGGAACAGACUGGAUCUGAAGGUUGGAACCAGCCACACUCCAAAAAUCGAUCCACCGCCCAAAUUUCGUAGACCUACGCGAACAGCACAUGGUUCAUCCAGUUCUGGAGAUCGUGAUUCAAACGCCAAUAUUCCGUCGGACAGUGAUUAUUAUUCAACAUAUGCCAGUAGCAACACCAGCACUGUCAAGAGUAGUCAUGGCAACCGCUUUGACAACUUCAACGACAACCGUGAUGUGCAUACGGUCGGGUCGCCACGCCAGAAGCUUGACCUGAAGGUCAACAACCUGAGCAGCAGUCCACAGCGCCCCCUAGGGAUGACCGGUCAGAACCGGUGGAGGAUGCGCAUCAGUUACACCUCCGAUGACGCAAGUGAUAACUCGGAGGAGUCGAACACUCCGUCACAGACCGGCCCUCGCCGACUGGACGCGAUGACUCUGGAUGAAUUUGAAGCCUUGAGUAGUUAACCCUGUAGAGUCCUGUUUGGACGUCAGUAGUGCUUUUGUUGACCCUCAACGUGUCCGUGCUGAUCCUAAUAACUCCUCCUCCGGAGUCUGUCUGCUACACAUUUUUUAUGUGGCCAAUUGUUCACGUAAGAAUUAGGGCUGGUACAAUACACCAACUGUCAGAUCCGAUACGUAUCACGAUACCUUGGUCACGAUACCUUGGUCACGAUCCGAUACGAAUCAUGAUACUUGCAUGUGCUCUUAUCUGUGGUGUGUAUCAUCUCUUUCAUAGACAGGAUAGUCAAACACCUGACACACUGACGAUUUACAGAUAGCACUGUCAAGUAUGGCGCAAUGGAUGAAAAUAUUUACUUAUUCACUACAAAUGUUUACUACUAAUUAGUGUUUGGUGUUACAGCCAAUAAAGUAAACAUUUAAGGUAUGAAUCAAUAUUUUUUACUUUGUGCGUGAGUGUGAUUUAUUCUUGUAUCAGGAAGUAAAAUAAAGCGAUCCACCAAUUCAUCAGUGUAUCGUCCCAGCACUAGUAAGAAUCACGUGUAUCAUGCCAGGCAGGGCCGAGUAUCACCUGGUAUCUUGCGAUACCAUUUGUAUCACAAUACGGACUGACGAUACUUCUGGUGUCACGAUACAUCACAUCAAAUAGUAAGAAAUGAUGAAAUCACUGAAAUAGAACUCUUAAUUCAAAAAUUUAUGUGUUGACAUCUCAAAAACUUUAACAAAGAAAACGAGUUCCUGUUUCUAUUUAUAGUGUAUCGCAAUCUCACAAACUGACGAUUCAAGUAUCUAGUGUACCUAAGUAUCGAUGAUAUCGUAGGUAUCAGUGAAUCGUUACAGCCCUACUGGCCGCCUAUCAUAUCACUGCAACCCCGAUCACAUCUGUAUACUCAGCUUUCAGCUAUGUAUAUUGUACCCAAAUUGUUCAGAUGCCUAUUGUUUCAGUGUUCAGGUAUGUAACCUUCUCAAUGAUGUUUUCUUGUUUAUCCUAUUCUCCGCGACUUGUGUUCAAAUAUCAUCCAAUACUCCCAGCUCCUGUGUAUUGCACUCAGACUUUAUCAUUUAGAUUUGUUUUGUGGCAUUUUACACCAUAGUGCUCAGAUUUGUAAUAUUUUAGAAAAAAUAUACUUUUUGCAUAUACCCCUUUGCAUAUCGUAUUUACGGUGUACAUUAACUGUCUCAAUUGUUUACCUCUGUAUAUAGCACAAGCAUUUUGACACUUGUUUGCACAAGUGUGUCACAAAGUAUGUCUACUUGUUUACUAUAUGAACACUCUGAAGCCAUGUAUACACAUAUAUACACAUGUUACAUACAACACGUUGCUAUACCAGCUUUAUAGCAUGUAGUGUUGCAGCGUGGGAUUUUUUAUCUAUACUUUACAAUUAAUCAGUUUAAAAUCAAAGCGUUUUACUUUUUGGAAUUUAUGAUUUGUAGGAUACGACCUCAGUUGGUGAUGAUAGAGAGGUCUGUGUAUAUCUGGAUGUGUUCUGAUGUGCUGUCUUUGGUUUCUCAUGUCGACACUGUAUGCAGUCACGAGAGGAGACAAUUGUCCCCCCACCCCCCACCCCCCGCCUCCCCUUCUCGACAGGAAGGAGAGUUUGUAAGAAAAUAGUUACAUGGGUGUUACCUAAUAUUCUCAAACAAAUACAUCUGUAUCAUUCACAUAUAAUCUUGAUAAUCAUACCAUAUGUGACGUAAUAUUUUAACACUUUGAAUGUAAGAAUACAAAUAAUUAGUAUUUGAUGGCUUUGCUGUGUGGAUUAGUAAGUUUGAGAUGAUGAUGACCACAGCCACCAUCCUCUGUAUCUCCUGGGCACCAACCCCUGGAUACUUCGUUGAUGCAUGUCAUCGAUCCCAAUUGUGUGGAUUCAUGUUCAUGAUGUCAAUCACUGGAUUGUCUGGUUCAGACUCGAUCAUUUACAUACCGCCGUCAUAUAACUGGAACAUUGCUGAGUGCGGCGUAGAACAACAAACCAAACCAUUCCUGGUUCUUGCGAUCGCAGAGUACCCAACAUUUCACUGACCAGGACAUGAAGACAUCCUUUCCAGCAAAAAGAUUUCUUUUGUGUGUCAGUCAGUUUUUCUAUCUUGGAUUUCUCGCAACCAUAAUCAAUGGCAUUGGCCAACCCAACAAUGAGGCUGGUUUGUAACUCACAUUCUGAUUGGUGCGUAAGAUCUAGUAGCGUAGCCAAUCCAAUUGGCAGAUGGCAAUCAAGGGCAGGUAAUUUGAGGCUGCGAGAACCAGGGAAUGGAUCCAGGAGUUAGUGCAGGUUUACCAGAAUGUUGACCACUUGAACACUGGGGUUUCUGACUACAGCACAUGGAUAAAUGUUUAUUUUGUAUUUGAAGAAAUAUGAAAAUAUGUAUAUACAAUUUAUAUUUUGUCUGAUGUUUAGACAUGGAAGGUUUGCUGCCAUAUUCUAGUGAGCCUUGAGUAAAGGGUAUGCUUGAACACGGACGUUUCUAGACUGGUGCGGCAACUACCUGAUCAUUAAAACCCCAAAAUAUGGAAAAUUAUUAACGAAUGAGAAGUAGAAAUUCUGCUGAUUGUUUCUGCCUGAAAUAGAGUUUGUUGAAAAGAAUUCUUUAUUUGGCUGUUGAAUAAUUCUAUGAGACCUUGGUCCACUUGCCCAGAACAAUCUUAGCGCUGUGAUUAUUGUAAAUCCUUACGAUUGUGAUCUUAGGCUUUGGCCUCAAUCGCCAUCCACUUGCACAAAGCGAUUGAAGGCUAAGAAUAUUGUAAGCUACAAUCGAAAACUUACAAUUGGUCCGGACAAAUCUUAAGUAGCUAAGAUCGUUGUAGUCCCUGAAUAAACUUGACAAAAUGGUGUGCAAGACAGGGCUUAUUUCAAAUAAAUAAUCCGCUUUAUGUUCAAACAUUGCCUCUUUAUUUUGUGAAACUUUAUGAUUCGAAUCUACACUUCUACAACACGAAGAAGGCACUACAGAUUUAACGUAAGAAAUAUUGUUAACUGUGAUAGUGAACCACAUAACUAUCGAGUCGAUAGCUAAAAGAACUAUUCCCUACCGAUUCAAUGCUGAAAGAAGUGUGACACAACAUACCUUUUCACUAAUCAAGGGAAGGAUGAAAACCUAAGUCUUCUGCAUGCGAUUUGUAAUGUCCAUGACCUUUUAGAUCAAUCAAGGGCAGCUAAUCUUAGUUUAUACUUUAAAUGGGAGUGGUUUCCCUUUGUACAAGCCUGUAGCGUAGAAUCUACCUUGCUCAGUGUAUUAAUGUUGUAGAAUCGCUGAGCUCCCCUGUAUUUCUUUUGGGUCACAUUCAUGUCAGUUAUUUUGUCUUUGGUUUAUCAUUAACUUAAUCUACAAAUAAAUACAAGCUGAAGAGCAAAAUCGUACGUUUUAAUCUAAAAUCGAGUGGGACGGGGACAAGCGUUUUAAUAACUGAAUUUAAAAGGAAAAAAUACAGAUACUCAUCAAACAAGCAAAUACACAUGAUGAGACAUUUGAAAUUUGUGUAAAAUGUCCCAUAAAUAGCAAAAGUAAAAUUCACACUUUUUAAAAAUAAUUAUGAAUAUAGUUAAUACCCAGUGAAUAUAUAUUUAACAACUGCUUUCUCAAAACAGUAUUCUUAUUUCCUGUCCAUGCAUUCUUGAAAUCCUCGUCUUUCGGUGUUUUGAAAAGGUAAUCAUAACAUCCUUUGUUACAGCAGCGAAACGAAAACAAGGAUAUAUUAAGAAUUUGUUUAAAAGCUCCCCCAAAUAGAUGACCAUCCUACAUUUACUUGUUAUGUUAUCAGGACAUACUAUUAUUAUUUAUUUUAAUGUUUAUAAUAAUUGGGUCGGUAAAUAAUGUAUUUAUUCGUAUUUCAGUACUUUUAAUAAAACAUGAGUAGGUAUUUCUCUAACAAUUCCAAAAUCAUGACAGUAUUAAUGCCGACAAAAAUAUAUGCCAUCAUACUAGUAAUCAUUUCCUUCAAUUAACUGUGCAAGGUGCGAUGGAGGGAGGUAAUGUUGUGUGUCAUUACCGGAUCCACUUAUUGUUUGCGCAGCAAGGUAUGCGCGUCUGCAGACAUCUGUAGACGGGUCGAGUUUAAGAUAUUUGCACCUCCACCGUUGAAGAUUUCAAUCUUAGCUAAGAUCAUGAUGUUAAAUCCAAGCCGUCUUACAAUCGCGCAAAGAUCAGUUUGUGGAUGUGGAAUAGGACAGUUGUAUGGUGAUUGUAAAGUUGACUGUAGGCGCCUAAGAUAAGUUGUAACUAAGAUUGUUCUGUGCAAGAGGGCCCUGGAUAUAUUGAGAAUGACAAGUACGAUAUGUUCAUAAGUAAAGUUUGAAUUAAUCCACCAUUCUGUAUGCCCUGUGAAGGUGAAUGGAUGUUUCUGAGGUGCACCUUGACUGGGGACUCUCGGUGAGACUUUGAUAGGAUUUCCAUGAGAAGCUAGCCACGUCCAACUAUAUUUUUCGUUGAGGGGUACAAACAGGAAGUGGGCGUGCUUCUCCUCUGAGGCAACUGAAGAAAGGAAAGCGUUUCGGCCAACGGUUGCUCUGUCCGUCAGGGUCCAUCUGAUGUCCUGCACAUCUAACCGGGGUGCUCAAGAUGCAACUCUGUCAUCCAGACUGAAAUGGGACUGGAUUAAUGAAACAUGAACUGUUUUGUUGAGAAUCAGAUCUCAUUGUAUACCAAAUCUUGUUGAAAUGAAAGAUUAUGUUAAUGGUAAUUAAUUGUAAUAAUUAUAUUUUAUAAUGGUAAAAAGUAUUCACAUUGUUAUAUACCCCGGUAUAUGUUUUUACUGACUUUACUAGACUGUUAAAUGUUGAUGUUGAAGAUACUGAUUAGAUUUAAGGUUUGACAAAUAUGUAUUUUACUAGCUGUUUCUGUUUGAGAUAACACAUGUACAGCAUGUAGAGAUGAGAUAAAUGAUUUGUUUAAAUGUUACUUUUGCAUAAAAGGGGUGCUCAACCAACAUAGAAUUGUUAUUAACACAAUAUUAUACAAACUUUACUUUUUUAAGGACAGAUAUAUGCUUACUGUCUGCACCUACAGGCUAUAUGAUGUGGCUAUGUACAACGUUGACACUUCAGCUGUGGCUAUGUACAAUGUUGACACAACAGCUGUGGCUAUGUACAAUGUUGACACUUCAGCUGUGGCUAUGUACAAUGUUGACACAACAGCUGUGGCUAUGUACAAUGUUGACACUUCAGCUGUGGCUAUGUUCAACAUUGACACUUCAGCUGUGGCUAUGUACAAUGUUGACACCACAGCUGUGGCUAUGUACAAUGUUGACACAACAGCUGUGGCUAUGUACAAUGUUGACAUUACAGCUGUGUUAUGUAGUUUUAUAUAUGUACAAUGGUGAUUACUUAGAUAUAUGCACCGAGUGAGAUAUGAAUUGUUUAUCAGCAGGUGAGAGUAUCACAUGCCAGUGGAGACAUGUGUGGCUAUUUUUCUACCUACUCUGUGCUAUAUGUUUGUACUGUGUGAGGCCAAGUCAGAGUGGUAUGACUCCGGACACAAUGAUCCUAUGCAACAGGGUUAUAAGCUUAUGUUAUAACAGCACACUUGAGUAUUUUGUCCUAGAGUCCAGCAGUACCCAGGCAUUUAGGAGUGUGUCUCAGAAGGUUGGGAGAUUCUUAUAUAAGGUACAAGAGAAUAAAAAUAAAUGUCCACGAAAUCAGUACACAAAUGUCACACCCUCUCUUUGACAUACAUUUAAUAAGUACACACAGUUCCUGAUGAACCCCUCAUGUUUCUUGUGUGCAAAUUGAUUUGUGGGUUGCUAUCACAAAAAUGCAGCCCUCUUUUUCCAUAAAACUGUUAAGUAAAGCAUCUCGUUGAAGUGAUAAAAAAAAGUUUACAAAAAAUUACAUGUGAAUGAAUCAUCUUUUUGUGACAGUUUAUCAUUAGUUGAAUGUUUAGGCUAGAUAAAGUACCCUUCAUUCUCACACAUCUUUACUUCAGGUGUGUACACGGACAAUGAUUAUAGCAAAUAAUUAGGACUGGAUUUCAAAUGUUUUCAAACUUAAUUCUAAUACUUUAUGGACUAAUGGACUAAUUGUGUUAAUCUCCAACCUGUGCAGAACUUUGAACAUGAAUGUGAAGGGAAGACCCAGAAAGCAUGAAGACAGCAUUGCUGGAAGCACUCAUUAAUUACUCCACCUUAAUAAGAUAAGGGACAUUCAGCAGACAGUGGGGGAAACAGGAUGUCAGAAGCAUUCAUAAAAUCCCCAACAUAAUAUUGUUAAGUCACAUUCGGCAGAGGCAGUCAUAAAAGGUGCCGCAUCAUUGAUUGAAGUAAGAUUCAGCAAAUAAUACUUAAGAAGAGCACUUAAUAUCGCCAGCAUGUUUAAGUGAAGUAAGAUUUGGCAGAUUGUGUUGAAACGACACUGUUGGGGGAAUUCCCAGAAUCUCCAGCAUAAUUAUGUGAAGCACGACUCAACAGUUGGUGUGGGGAGGUUUUUGUGAGGUUGAUGGCCAUGCAAGUCUUUUAAUACUUCAGACUACAACGACAGGUAAAGAAGUCAAGUUUACCCCUUUAUAAACAAAAUUGAUUUUAAACUUGCAUAAAUUACAUUGGGUAUUAUUUAAUACUUUACUGCUGGAAACAGUCACUCUGCUCAAAUUAAAGAUCCACCCUCUUGUAGUGUCAUCCCUCCCCAGUACCAGAUGCCAGCAUGGUACUAUACCUACUUAGUAGUCGAUACUUACUUAGUACUAGAUACUUAGUACAAAACAAUGGUCUUUGAUAGUCUUUUGGGACCAGAUCAAUAAGAACCACCAAGUGAAGAUCAUGUGAAUAUAAACCCACUUAUCAUGUGAAAAUUAACAUUAGUGAAAUGAAUACAGAUUCUAUCCAUCAUCAUCUUAUUUACAAAGAUCGAGAGUUAGCUCAUUGCUCAUUAUUAACUAUUAUAAUUUUUGGAGACAUGAUAUGAUAACUGUAAUGGGUUUUCUAAGUAAUGUGUGAGUAUGGGUGAAAUACAGAAUAAAAUACUACUGUUAUAUUUUCAUAAUUAAUUGUUAUGAUUAACAUGUCGAUGAUGAUGAUGAUGAUGCCAGUGAGGGGAUCGAAGCGAGUGAGGGCUUGCAAAAGAAGGUAUAUAUGUGUCAUGAGUGAACAACGCCAUAGAGACUGUUUACACAGUUGUGUAUCUUAAUGAAUUAUGAUCUGGUACACCUACCAGGUGUACAUGAUGUAAAUGUGUUACGAUAUGUGUAAGUUGCAUUCUACUUCAUAUAUACAGGAUGUGAAAUUGUGUUACAAUUUAGAGUAAAUUGCGAUGUUAUACAUCUACACUGUAAGUGUCUGUGAAUUAACAAGAGUGUUUGGGUGACGAGCAACAUGUCAUGAUGAGCUAGUUCUUGGCAAGAAGCACUACAAAUGUUACGAUGGUCUUUACAAGAGACAUUACUUAAGUGUUACGAUGAAGGUCUUUGCAAGAGGUAAUACUCAAAUGUUACGAGGAAGGUGUUUGCAAGAGGUAAUACUCAAAUGUUACGAUGAAGGUGUUUGCAAGAGGUAAUACUCAAAUGUUACGAUGAAGGUGUUUGCAAGAGGUAAUACUCAAAUGUUACGAUGAAGGUGUUUGCAAGAGGUAAUACUCAAAUGUUACGAUGAAGGUCUUUGCAAAAGGUAAUACUCAAAUGUUACGAUGAAGAUGUUUGCAAGAGGCACUGCUCAAAGGUUAGGAUGUGUUAAAUCUAGUCAAGAUGUAUUGAGUGUGGAUUACCAAAUAGAAUGUAUCUAAAAGAUGUGUGAGGAAUUAUGUGGUAUCUUUUACACCAGACUUCCUCACUGCAAGAACGAGGUGACAGUCCCCCGGCAGGUGUGACAUGGUGACACAGUCCAGACCAUUGUUGAUGUCACCGGGAACAUGUACAGAAUCAUUGUAAUAUAAGCCCUGUUCAUGUUGAAUAAAACAAACCAAAUAGAA